AUGGCUUGCAUAGAUAAGGAAACGGCCGAGCCAAUUGCUGAAGAAAUUCGUCAAAAGACUGCAGUUGAUCCCAGUCUUGUGUCCGUCGUACAAUUGGACCUUAGUGAUUUGGAUUCGGUUCGGAAUUGUAGCCGGAAAAUUUGUGCAUCUGAACCAAAACUUGAUGUUUUGAUAAAUGAUGCGGGUGUUGGCAUAGGGCCCGUUAAAACCUCCAAACAAGGUUAUGAUUACACAUUUGCAGUCAACCAUCUUGGACAUUUUCUUCUUACUCAUCUCCUCCUUGGUUUGCUAAAAAAAUCAAGACCAAGUCGAAUCAUCAAUGUCAGCUCCAUGUAUCACAGAAAAGUGACCAGAACUCUGGACUUUAGUCGGGAACCAAAGCCAGAAUCUGACAUGAAAUAUCCUGGACUUUUUGGUUAUCCAACAAGUAAACUUGCCCAAAUCCUCCAUACAAAUAUCCUGGCUAAACAACUUAAGGAACAUGGCGUUGUUGCUAACAGCAUGCACCCAGGAUAUGUGUCGUCUGGAAUUUGGUACACAGAUAUCCACAAUAAGUUUGUCAUCAUAUUUAUGAGGUUCUUUGGUUGGUUAUCAACAAUCAUUGGACGGACUCCAAAAGAUGCAGCCCAAACUGCAAUCUACAUGGCUGCAGACCCUGCCCUAGAAAAAGUCUCAGGACAGUAUUUUGAAAAUGUGGCAAUAUCUGAUCAGCUUUCGUCUUUUGCUAAGGAUCCGGAACUAGCUCAGAAAAUGUGGGAUGUUUCCAGUGAGAUGUGUGGACUGACCAAAAAAGUGGAAUAA